UCAACUGGUUGAUAAAUCAGUUACCAAUAAAUUAUCUUAUUAUAAAUGUAUAAAAUGUAAACAGCACUGCUAGAGAUGCAAUAAGUUUAUAGCAGGUGUGAAUGAUCUAAUGAUCGGGCUGCUGAUUGCAGUCAGUCCACAUUGUUAGCAGAACUAGAGGGCCCCAAAACCACAUUUCACUUAGGGCCCCAUGGAGGCUUGGGCCGGCCCUGUGUACGAAUUCUAUCAAAAUAAGAUAAUAAUCAUAAACUUGCAGUCAAGUGUUACACAAUAAGUUGCUAUGCUGCCAAGUUCACUGUAUGGGCUUUUUAUUUUCUCUUGCACAAUAAGUCAGUUGUUGUCCUACCUGUUUAUUUGACAAUGAGGCCACACUCUUCCACUGAAAUUCAACAUGACGGGUGUUAGAAAAAAUAAUCUAGGUUCAUUUACUUAUGAGUUUAAGGUAAUGUUUUCAUAUUAUUAUUUUGUGUGUUUGUUUGACGUCUUUCUUUUGUAGUACAUCAUAAACUGUUUUAGGAUGUUUGCCUGGUGGCUAGAAACAUUUACACAUUCUUGCGUCUUCAGCUGCUGUGGUCAUUAGCUGAUUGUUUUAUUAGCUUCCUGUGAAACUGAUUGGUAAUGGUCAGCCUCGUGUCCUUGUAAGGGCACGUCAACAGAAGGUUCCAGAUCAUCCUGUAGUAAAGGUCUUUGAUCCAUUGUGUGAAAAAGCCAACCUCUUUCUUUGUAAUCAUAAUAAAAGGCAGUUGGGGACUGAGAGCCAACGGAGUUGAUCCCAGACAGUGUUUGACGACGGUUCUCCGUGUCUGGCUCAGCUUCCCUUUUCUGCAGAAAAGCAAUUUGUGUCUCUGGUUGAUUCCUUGCAGGUUAGGAACUAAAAUAGACCCAACAUUUUGGAGGCUCGUACGGGAUUCCCAACAUACAUUCCGCUGACGGAAGGAGAACGACGCGCUGAAACCUGCUGGCAGUCGGGUCUUUUAUGGACCUGUCUAAAAAGUCCUGGGAGGUAAAUUCCUCGCUAGGCCAGCGUUUUAGGUCACUUUCUUCUGUUGGCGGCUGGUUGACGGGAUUCAAACCAAGACAGAGCAGGAAUCAACCAAGUAAGUAAAUGGUCCGGGUGGUUUUAAGUCCCCCGUUUGACGUAAAGUAAAGUAAAGUAAAAAGGGGGCGGUUGUAAGUCCCCCGUUUGUAUAAAAAGCACACAUGAAGGGAAAGGUAAUAAGUGGUGUGACACCUAAAGACAGUGGGAAAAGUGAGUGGUGGGCUUGUUGUGGAUAAUUCUCCACUCAAUCACCCGUUGAGUCGAAGCGAGUAUUACAUAGAUCUCCCAAAUAAAUCUCCACACAGCACUGUCUAAACAGAGCUGUGUGGAAGGGGAGAAAUGCUGUAUUUAGAAUUUAGGAUAACUCUGCAGUUCAAAAUUUCAAUAAAUUGACCCUAACAAAAGGAUACUUUAGCUUAAUUUAAAAUAUUUAGCUGGAGAAGGCCACAAAGUCAGCAAGACAAACUCCAAAUGUGCAAGGAAGAGGAGAAAUAUUUAGGACAUAACUUAAAGUGCAGGAGGAAGAACUAUUAUGCAAGAGAGAAAAACUGUAAUUUUGCAAGAACUAAAAACCCCUGACUAAAAGUAAAUUAUGUAAUUUUUGGGUCUAACAAACUAUUUCAGGAAUUGGGUACCAAAUUAUGUAGAAAUAACUGCACCUUUAUACAGCUUAAUGUAUGAAAACGAUCUCAAAAUGACAUCAUUAUUGAAAUGGAUGGAUGAGGCAGAACAGGCAUUUUGUUCAAUUAAACGAGUUCUUAUGUCUAGCACUGCAUUGGCAUUACCAGAUUACAUAAAAGUCAUUUUAUGACCUCAGUGUUGGUACAACAGUAUGGAGAUAAACAAAUAAAAUAAGAAAAAAACUAAAACAUAUGGUUAGAAACUGUCCUGAAAAACACCACACCUGAGGAUCAGCUCUGAGUGCACCAGACUCAUAUAAUGAAACAUCGUCCCCUAAAUUUAAUGAAGUGAAUGAAAUGGAAAUUGAUCAAACAAAGGAAGUAGUUGCAACCUCCACACACAGCAGCUCAACAGGGUAGAACAGACAAGAGCUGCAGCUGUGUUGUAACUCCUACCCCCACUAGAUUCAACUGACCACCAUAUGAAGCCCCAGUGGCAAAACACUAGUGUGUGUAAAAAGAAACUUUAGAAGUAAGAAACAGAAGACUCCCAAAUUUUUAAUUUAGAUGACAUUGGAACAUAUUCUAUGAUACAAUCCUAAUGGAGCAGCAGAACAGUCUCCAUAUAUGUAUGUUUUUAUCCUUGUACUAUAGGAUAACAGAAGAAUUAGGAGUUUCUCCUGAAAUCCUUAUCAGCUCUCUUUCCUGCCAUAAAACCAUCCACUCCAAAAGGUCAGGAAAGUUCAUGAAGGAGGCGUGAAGCAGCCCAUCUGACUGUAGAGAUAAGGCAAGUUGGAUGAAGUUUUAGUUUCUUAAAAAUUCAGAUAACCAUUUUCUAUUUAGAGCAGAUUGCUUAAGCAAGUAAAUAAAUAGAGAGCAAUAACAUAUGGAAAAUAUUAAAUGUAAAUUUUUAGCAUCAAAAUGCUGAGUCUAAAUUGGUAAACAUGCUUUGUCGAACAUUAGUUAAAAAAAACCUUUAGGAAAAGUUGGUAAAAAAGAAAUUAUAUUUCUUAAAAUGUUUCACGUAUGUAAAGAAAAUAAUAAUUUGGUAUUGUGAUCCUUUGAGAGGACAUUAUCUAGCUAAAUAUUUAAAUUCAUGCUUUGAUGAGAACAAGCCUGUUUUGUCAAAUUAACAUAGAAUGCUUUAAUGAUUUGACAUUAUAGAAACCCUGAAUAUUGGGAAGAACCUAAAAGACAAGUAAAACUGUAAUGUGAAGUGUUUUGGAGAAAUAGAGUCAUCCUUGAGGUUUGAAUCAUGCUGAAAUAAAUUACUCUGUUUGUUUUGAAAGUUUACCUUUAAGGAAAAAGGGCAGAAUUGAAUAUGGGUAGAAUUUUCUGGUAAACUAAUUAACCUGUUUCAUUGAAAUCUUUAUUUGAAGUAGUAGACAUUGUGAUACAUUAGCAGAUAAUGCAUCAACAGGAUGAGAUUACGUUAUGGAUUUUCCUUUUAUGUUACUUAAUUAGAUUACUGAAACUUAUAUUCCUUAAACAAAAAAAAAAGGUAUUUUGAAGAACAUGUCUGAUCUGUGCUAAACAUAACUCACAGGGAGAAUCAAAAAGUGAAAGGAAAGAUAUUGUCUGCUGAAAAUAUAUUCUUAUUUUAAAUGGAUUUGAGUUGUUUUCCAUUAAAAGAUGUUCUGACAAUGGGCUAAAGUAUUUUGAAAAAGAUCAUUUCAAUAGAUAUGGUGUAUUUGGACAAAUUUCUAGUGAUAAUGAAGGACAUUUUGGUUAAUUAACAUGGAAAAUUUAUAGAAAUUAAAGCUUUUUAUUGUGCUACCCAUUUUCAGAGCACUAAUUUAAUGGAUUAAGAAUGGUUUAAGAAAUGUUUAGAAGAAAACAGACAAGCUGUAGACAAAAUAUCUGUUAUUGAUUAAGUUAUACACUAAUCAGUAGGAGUACUCAAGUGGGUCUGAGAUGUGGGACUAUAAUGAUUUUUCCUAAACUUGAUUUUUGUUUUGAUUUACAUCCAUUUAAAAUGACUGUGGAUAAAACUUAAAAUUCUGCUACCAGUAAAAGGCCUAGAGAAAAAGUGGUGUAUCUACAAAAUGUCUGGAUUUGUUAAGUUAUGCAUUAACUGUAAUAAUUACCCCAUGUUUAAUUCUUUUGGAAACUUUGUUUAAGAAAUUAUAUAGAAUGCUUUAGACAAACAGUAAGAUCUAGUUUGUUCAAUAAAAGUAAUUUAGACUGGACUGUUAAUUCACACUGAUAUUCACAGUUCGAUUGACGGUAACUGUAGGUUUUUUCAACUACAUUUGAUCUUCGAUUUUUUUGUUUUGGAAUUGUAUUACAAGAUUUGUUUAAAAUGAAGAUCUGCAUAUGCUUAACAUUUAGGGAAACAUCAAUUUUGAAACAUGUCUUUUGAAGCAGGGUUUCUGUGUUUUCCAUUUGUUGGAGGUGUAGUAUUGUAAUAAUAGAAACGUAAAUUGAGUGGGCCACAUCCACCAUUUAAUGAGCAGAAAUGAGUAAAACUGGACAAGCAGAGGCUUCGCAUGACGAGUUGCUCAUGGCUUUCUACACACAGAAUGCUGUUGUCUAUGAAGAAGCGUGCGAUUGCUUGGAGAAGCGGUUCCACCUAUAUUUUGAGACGAUAGCAGCCACAGUUGGAACGAGCGGUGGAGAAUUCACUCCGACACAGAGUGAAUUGAAGAUUGUGUUGAAAACACAAAUGGACAAAUGAAUGAUGUCCCUGGAAAAUCUGAUUUCUGUUUUGUCAUUGCAGUUUUGCAGCUGUUCUAGCGUCCUGUGGAUGUGGUCUCAUUCAAAGUUUGCGUUCUUUGAUAAAAGAGUAAAGUAAUUUCACCUGAUGGAAAAUAACAAAGCCCAAAUUUACCCUUUUAAUUUAAGCCAUUGUUUGAUUAUGCUGACACUGAUGACGAUGACACUAGAGAAUGUUGUACUUAUAUUUCUGAUGCUAAUGAAACCCAUAUUGAUGAAGCAAUGUCUGCCUUAUAAAACCUGUAACAGGCCAUGUCUCAGGAUGCUGUGCCCUCACGAGAGGAAUUUCUUUCUUAUAGCUUAUAUUUGGACCAGGGUGGCAUCUGCUGUUGAAAUUUAUGUCUCUUAUUUUUAUUCUUUUCUUGUUUUGUAUUUGUACUGCCUGAAUAAUCCCAUGUCCAAAAUCAAUGAUAGUUAAAACUGUUGGAAAAGUUAUGUAUCAGUAUCAACCUGUUGCCUCCAUCUCUGAAGGAAACCCCGAUGUCGGAUGCUUAUUGAAAAUGUGCCAGUAAGAAAUGUAUUUCUGAUGUUUGUGUUGGACUUCAAAAUAAUAAUAUGAAAAACAGGAGGGAAUGUUAGAAAAAAUAAUCUAGGUUCAUUUACUUAUGAGUUUAAGGUAAUGUUUUCAUAUUAUUAUUUUGUGUGUUUGUUUGACGUCUUUCUUUUGUAGUACAUCAUAAACUGUUUUAGGAUGUUUGCCUGGUGGCUAGAAACAUUUACACAUUCUUGCGUCUUCAGCUGCUGUGGUCAUUAGCUGAUUGUUUUAUUAGCUUCCUGUGAAACUGAUUGGUAAUGGUCAGCCUCGUGUCCUUGUAAGGGCACGUCAACAGAAGGUUCCAGAUCAUCCUGUAGUAAAGGUCUUUGAUCCAUUGUGUGAAAAAGCCAACCUCUUUCUUUGUAAUCAUAAUAAAAGGCAGUUGGGGACUGAGAGCCAACGGAGUUGAUCCCAGACAGUGUUUGACGACGGUUCUCCGUGUCUGGCUCAGCUUCCCUUUUCUGCAGAAAAGCAAUUUGUGUCUCUGGUUGAUUCCUUGCAGGUUAGGAACUAAAAUAGACCCAACAACGGGUACUUGAAAGUGUGUCGGUUAGAGAGGAGGAGUUUGUUCAAGAGACAUAAAGGUAGAGAAACCCAGUCAAGCUUCAGAUGAUCACUCUUCCUUCUACGGUAGGUAUUUUUUGUUUGUUUAUUUUUGAUAAGUUGGCAGGGUACAAGUUGUUCUAAAUGUAGCAAUCAGUUUUAUAAAAAAUUCUCUCAACUGUGGUUUUGGCACUAUGACUUGACAAAAGUCAAAGGUAGAUUUGCCAGGAUUAUAGGAUGAGUAAAUACAACACUACAUCUAGAGAGACUUUUUAAAUCCAAGGUGGUCAAUAUUUACUGUAUAUAUAUAUAUAUUUCAAAACUGCCACUGAAUUACCAACUUUAUGUUUAUAUGUAGGAAAUCUGAGAACAUUCUUACAUUAAGGAAUGGAGUGAUCAAAUAUAUUUUUGUUGCUCUUGCAUGUCUCACACAAACAUUACUAUGGUCAGAAUUAUUAUUGGCCGAUUCAAGAGGUCCAGAGGUUUUGUUGCAAAUACGAUAAAACAUUUUGAAUAAUUACAUUCUUAAGUGGAAGAAAGUGUGAAGCAACUAAAAUAUCAAAGCUACUGGUAAUUCAGGACCUAUUAACUGCUACAGCAUAUUAUUCUGUUAAGCAGUACUUUAGAAAUGUUUUAUUGCAAUACAUAUGUUUGUCAGGAAUAUGCUUUCUGCACACACUUUUUAAUUUAAGUUUUCUGUUCAUUUUCAGUUUCUUGCGCCACCUACGUCCCUUCUCGCAAUCUCAGAUCCUUAAAUCAGCUAUUGUGUUCCACUCCCUGACUGGCGACAGAAGGAGGAAGGACUUUUAUGUUAAGACAGUGAUGGAUUCUGGUGUACUGGAACUUGCAGCACUUGGCCGACCCUUCACACUGGGAACACUGUACAACCACUACAAUGACACAAUUGUUACUGAGAUGUCACCAUGGGACCAAGAUGAUCUAACAAAACAUAUUCAGAUUAGACCACACAAACAUACUGAUUUGGACCUGGUUCUUUCUGAUUCUUUGGAGGAAAAAACAUCUGCACUAAGUCUUAAUUUAUCAAUAAAGGCAAGUAUCUUGUUUGGACUGAUUAAGUAUGAAGGAGCUGCGGCAUACCUGGAUGACAACAAAACUUCCAAAAGUCGGGCCAGAGUAACAAUAAACUACAAGGCAACAACCCACGUCAAAGAGUUGUCAAUGUAUCAUCUUAGAAAUUUAAGAUACCCGACUGUUAUUGAUAAAGUCUCGGCAACCCAUGUUGUCACAGGUAUUCUUUAUGGAGCCCAAGUCUUCUUUGUGUUCGACCGGGACGUUUCUGAAGGUGAAAACCAUCAAGAGGUUCAUGGAAACAUGACAAUGGUAGUCAAUAAAAUGUCUCAGAUGGCUGGGGAGAUGAAGGGUGAUGUAAUAAUAGAUCCCAAAGUCCAAGACGCAGAAAAGUACAAAUGUACAUUCCACGGAGACGUGUGCCCAAAUAAAAAACCUACCAACUUUCAGGAGGCCAUAGAAAUCUAUAAGUCUCUCCCAGAACUACUUAAAGAUGGAGAAAAGGCUGUACCAAUAAAAGUCUUCAUGUUGCCACUCACGAGCUUUGGUACCACAGCUUCUAAACUGGUCCGGCAGAUUAGUGUAGGGUUAGUUCUGGAAGUACAAAGGGUGCUAGAGGACUUCAUUGAGCUUGAUGUUAGGUGUAAUGAUGUACUUGGAACAACAAUUGUGAAACAGUUUCCAGAUAUCUCAAGUAAAAUUAAAAAAUUUAAAUCUCUGCUCUCCUGUUUAAAGUCUGAAUUAAAAGAGGAUUUGGAAAAGAAACUCUCAAUCAGAGCAAAGGAGGCUCAACUUGCAGAGAUCCUGAAAAAGAAACGCUCUUCUUUCAGGAACAGUGACCUGAAGUGGUGGCUGGACUGUAAGGAAAAAGAAGUAAAUACUAUAAAGUCAAUCACAGAGAAAAUGAAAAAUCCCAACAUAAUCCCCUCUCUCAACGGCGACCACGAGACAGGGGCAGAUGAAGUUUAUUACUUUGUCUUCACCUCUCUGGGAAGAGAUGAACCAUUACUCUCAGCUUUAUCAGCCUACCUGAAAGGGACCAAGGAAGAUAAUCAAAAUCAGGAUCUUCAUGAUGUAGAAAGGGAACAAUGGUAUGCCUCAAAGGAAAAACUGAGGGACAUAAGGAAAAAAGCAAAAGCCUUCAGUGAUUUUGCAGAGGACAACAAGGACAACCAGAAGAUGAAAUUCCUAGUAGUGGGCUUAACAGAUGAUAAAUAUGAAGGUUCAACCAUCUACCUUUAUAAAAAUGGCACAAUUGUCAAUAAGAACUAUGAGCUUCCCUCAAAGCCCGAAACUCCGAAACUCCAAUUACACACCAGUGUGUCAUCCUGAUCUGUGAAUGUCUGAUAAAUCGGCCGGCCAAUAAAUUGGUGCACCCCUACUUUAGACCUCUCCUAAGACUCAGUGAACCUUGGUCUGUCUCUGAGCGUCUGUCCUAAAACAGACCUAAUGGACCUAAUACCCAUCACUGUGAGCUGUAAAGAAAUGGUAGAGUUCAGAUUUAAUAUUUGUUUCUAAAUACUAAUUUGGGGUAUGCCUACUUGGUUGCACAAUAAUUGUAUUUUGUGUGUAAGAUAUAUGGGUAGCAUGAAACUGUAGUUUCCAUAAACAACUUGUUUAAAUUUUUUUGCACAGACUAAUGAUGGGCAGAAUGGCCUUGGUUAUGUUUCUGUUUUGAUGUUUAUAUUGUGAAAUUGCUGGCUACAGUAUGUUUUAUUUAGUGUGAUGAGCAUACAACACUUUUAAGAUUUUUGAAUGGGAAAAAAAACCAAACAUUUGUCUUUUAAUUCAUAUUGAUUUACAUUAUCUAUCAUAGGAAUACAGGUGCCCUUUGGCAUGUAUUGAUGUAUUUAGUAAUUUUUAUUAUGAUUUUUGUCCCUGUCUCCAGUCCAGGGUGUUUGUUGUUGUUUUGUUGUUUUCUUUAAGCUUCACACACUUCAGUUUGUCAUAACUACACUGGCUCUGCAUGUGUUUGUUGUGUUUUUUAAAAUAAAAGUGCUAACAUAAUAAAAAAUCCACGUAAUAUAAUUUGUUACUGUGUGACUGAAAGUUCUCACAUGAGGAGAAUUAAUAAUAUAUGGUGGUGCAUGUCAGAUGGGUAGGUGUUCAUGAGUUACCUUACUGAAAUAGAGGGGGGUUCACCUCUUGAAUGGCCCUUGUGAAAAAUAAACGUACUAAGUAUAUUAAAUCUUAGCAUACUUGAAGCCAGACUAAUAAUCUGUAUACUGCAAGUUUGUUAAGUAUUAUUUAAGCAUGUUAUUUGUUAUUUUGGAACAACUCAUUUUGUACCAAAUGUAUUUUAGUUGUAAUUAAAUCACAAUUUGAAUGUACUAAUUGUUCUACUACAUUUAAUUGUGAAACAACUACAAGUAUACUUUGCACACUUUAAGUA